AUGUGUGCCAAAACCGGUUUGCGGAAUUUCGUGCUAGUGAUACGACAUGUGAAGAUGGAAAACGCUCAGGAGUACUGUUCCCAACUGCACCAGUUGAAGGCAGCAAUCGACGAGAAGCGACUAGAAUUGAGCAAUCGUUAUGGUUCAUCUUCCAUCAAGACAACAUUAGACCGCACUUCUUCAGACAAUGAAGAAGAUAAUUCAAUUGAUGAAACGCAAGAUACUGCAGAAUGCCUUGUACCUUGCACUAAAAGACGUCGUCGAAGUACUGUAUGCGGUUCUGCCAGAGUAUCAAGUACACCAACACGACAAAGAAUUUGCAGCGCUGAUCGGGCUAAAUUAAUUGACAAAGCCCUAACGAAAAUGAUCGCAUUAACUUUAUUACCUAUUUCGACUGUUUCAAAUCCCGGUUUUAUUCAAUUUAUGAAUGUUAUCGAGCCUACAUAUAAAGUACCUUCAGCACCAACAAUGACCGUAAGGAUAAAUAUGGCAUUUGAGGAAAUUAAGAAGGCAGUUCUUUCGAAAUUAGCGAAAGUUGAUCAUGUAGCACUAUCAACCGAUUGCUGGACUUCGCGAGCACAACAUUCCUACAUAACGGUGUCUGUGUACUUUAUAGACGAAACGUGGACACCUCAGAAUUACGUGUUAGAAACGCAAGAAAUGGAAGAAUGUCAUACAGCGCAACAUCUUUCAUCAAAAUUACAAUUUAUUAUAAGAGAAUGGAAUUUAAUCGGGAAAGUUACUGCUAUAGUCACUGACAAUGCUUCAAAUAUUCUCGCAGCAUUACGUUUAAUGAACAAUAUUAUAGAAGAAACUGAAGAUGUAACAUGUAGUGCACAUUCCUUGCAACUUUCUAUUUAUAAGGGUCUUCAAAUUGAUGAUAUUAAUUGCAUCAUUAAUAAAGCAAGUAAGAUCGUAGCUCAUUUCAAACAUUCAACUGUUGCCACAAAUGCUCUUCAAAGAGCACAGGAGCAGAUACAGUCAGAGAAAAAGAAAUUAAUUCAAAGCUGCAGAACUCGUUGGAAUAGUACCUAUUUUAUGUUAGAAAGAUUAAUACAAAAUAGAAUUCCGGUAGAAACUGUAUUAUCAAAUAGAACUGUUACAUCAUCUGCUGUUGCACAAAAACUUGAAGUUUCUGAAUAUGAUUGGAUUUUAAUGGAAAAUUUAAUUAAAGUACUUAAGCUUCUCCAAAUGGCAAUAACGUUUCUUUGUAGUGAUACUAUGUCACCUACAUCUAUAACACGCCCCAUUAUUCGUACUGUGCUAGAUAAUCACAUACAAAUAAAUGAAGAUGAUGAUAAUAUAAUUCACCAGCUUAAAGAAACAGUCGUCAGUGACUUAACAGAUCGUUUCCGUUUGAAUUGGGAUGAAUCUGAAUCUCCGAAUAUCACGAUAAAUCAGCUAGCGAGUUUCCUAUAUCCUCGUUCGAAAGAUUUACUUGCAGAACCUGUGGCAGUUCGAAGUAAAAUUCGAUCCAUUAUCGCUGAGAAGAUUCAUCAUGAAGAGACGCAACACGAAGAAGCUGAAAAUACACAAAUAAAUUGCUUAGACUUUUUGUUCCAAACAAAUAGUAAUGUUAACAAUCCUCAGACUCAAUUGUCACAUUAUCUGGCGGAACCGCAAAUCAGCCACAAUAUGGAUCCUUACGAAUGGUGGAAGAAUCAUGAAAAGCGAUAUCCGAGUAUUGCUAAAUUAGCUAAAACGUAUUUAGCUAUUCCUGCUUCUUCUGCUGGUUCCGAAAGAGUAUUUUCUACAGCGGGGAAUAUUGUUACAGCCAAAAGAAGUAGUUCAGAUCCGGAUUUAUUUGCAGAUUCGGAUAGAUUCGAAUAUUCGGAAACUAAGAUCCAGAUCUGGAUCCGAAUUAUCCGGAUAAUUCAAGGAUUCGAACUUCAGUAG